AUGGCACCGACUCACGGAGAUAUCAUAAGUGAUACUCCUAGCAAAGGAGCAUCUGGUUCUUCUUCUUUCAAGUCUCUAGUCGAACGAAGUAUCACUGCCUGGGAUUCACUGGCUUACUAUGAGGACCCAAAAGAAAAGCAGCGCGAGUUUGACAGGGCUUCCAGCGGGCUAAGGAGACUUAGACGAUCGUUUUCGCAGCAAGACACUUUCAUGAAAUGGGAACCAGAUCGGCUAGAAGAAUACAUUCUCCUGCCUGUCACACCGGGAUUUGUGAACAAGCAAGACUGUUUCUUUGUUCUCUACGAGGUUGCGGAAUUUGUCCUGAGCUGUUUCCCAUUAUGGAACAAUCCCACUCCCGAUAUAGCUCCAUUUGUUUUAGAUGUGCUAGCAAUGACGAAGAUUGGAGUAACGCAGGUUGUACGACGACGCGGGUACCACUGCAUGAACGAUAGUGAUUCACGAGUUAUUGGGUGGUUGGAGAUUCUCGUUAUCGUCUUCAAGAUCGUGUACUGUUCGACAGCUAUCAGCGAACUGCUGUAUAAAGUGCUGCAAGAUGACCAGACUGCCGGCUUCCGCAGCUGCGACGUCGUCACCCACGAGGGAGAUGAGCAGCAACCGCCUUGUAAACAGCUCAACUCUAUCAGCGAGAUAUUUCGACAGUAUCGGAUCGCGAAGCGCCAGGACGGUCGACUCGUCCUCUAUGGCCAUGCGGCUCUAUACCGAGCUAAGCGCGCGUUGGGCCGUACAAUGGAUCCAUCCGUCACACCGUCAGCAGCAGAUUUGAUUACCGAGCUUAUCGACGUCGGUCAUGCGGAGGGGAGGCUGCUCGGCCCCACGGGCUCGGAACUCCGGGGGCGGGUCCAGUCGAUUGGGUCAGAGCUGAACGAUAUCGGUGGUAAAAUCCUCAUGCUGCAUGCGCACGAAACUGUUCGCAACACACUUGGAGCCACCUGUGCCCGCGGGUUGGAAUUCGUCUGGGACGGGGUUGGUGAUUGGCUCGGUUAG